CUUUAUCGUUCAUUUUGUCAAAAACCAUAAGUAAAAAAAUUGUUGCUUGAUAUUUUUUUCAAUAACUUCGAAUAACUUCGGCGAAUAUUUAGGACUAGUACUUUUUUCUGCCAUUGCGUGUGGCAGCGAUUUAAAUCACCUUGGCACCAUAAAAAUAUUUGCGGGUCAGCUGGGGUGGCCGGCGGCUCUCCAAAACCUAUAUUUGCAGUCAUGAUGACGACAAACAUAGCCAAUCCGGGCUACAGGCCUCAAACCAUGGCCAGCUUCGACCGCUUCAGCCGCUACAACUACAUCGGGAGUGCCUACGGGCGCCUGGGCGGCUCUACCGGCGCGUUAGACCGAAGCUACGGCACGGGCCCUCCCGGUACCACAACAAGCGCCUUGAAGACGAUCGGACUGAGUCCAACCAAGACGUCUACCAAGACCGUCACCUUCGCUCCGGGAACUCGAGGGAAAGACAUGUCUUAUACCGACCGUUAUUCUUCAAGUGAGCGGUUCUCUAGCUCAAGUGCUCCGCUCACAAGCUACAGAUCCAACGUUGGAAAUUUGCUGAGCUCAACGUCAACUUAUCGAGACAGCUAUGGGUAUCGUAGCCACGAUCGGGACUAUGAUUCCUCCAAAUAUUCCUCCAGAAUUCCCUCUUCUAACACCACAACGAACUCUUCUCCAAUGUCAAGUUCGUACGGAAGGUAUUCAGGAGAGUAUUCUUCCUCCAGCACGUCUGCGACGAAGUCAAAGUCAAGUUCGGGAGGUUAUUGUACGGCGGAUGAUCUUUCAGAGUGUUUGAGGGGCGGAGUUGGGGCCUACAUCACACAUACGAGUUAUAACGAAGUCUUUCCCAACAUCUACAUCGGCGACCAGGAUGCAGCAAAGGACAGAAGUAAUAUUGUUGCCAUGGGCGUGACCCACGUUGUUAACGCCGCCCACGGACGGUGGAACCGGCGCAACGAGGAAAUGUACGAGAGAAUGGGGAUCAGAUUCCUGGGGGUCGCUGCUCAGGACUGCGAAAGUUUUGACAUGUCUCCGUACUUUGAUGAUGCAGCGUUGUUCAUGCACCACGCCAUUAGUGAACGUAGAGGUAAGGUAUUGGUCCACUGUGCCGUUGGGUUCAGCCGUUCCCCCACCCUGGUGGUGGCGUACCUCAUGCUGUACCAUCGCAUGAGCGCACAGGAGGCGCUGAGAACCAUCCGCGCCAAGCGUAUGAUCGGUCCCAACCGUGGAUUCCUCCGUCAGCUCGCCGACUUCAACAACAAGCUGCUGGCCGAGGGAAGGAUCCGACCGUACAACGGGCGCUGAGUUAGGGUUCAAGUUCAGAGGUCAAUCAACCUAUAAGCUCUUUCACUGGUCCAACUGUACACAUGCACAUUGUCAAAGGUGAAAAACCCGGAGACAUAAACAAAAGACACCUGGAUACUGUUAUGCAAAUAAACUAACAGAGGAUAUUGCAUCCAUGGAAAUGGUAAAAACAGGUAUUGUUUACAAGUUAGGGGCCUUUUCCUUUGCUCUGUGCAUGUGCAGUUGGAUCUGUGAAAGGGCCUAUACCAUCAGGAUUGUUUGACCUAACUUUUCAGUGUUAACAACUUAUGACCUGUGACCUCACCUUUGACAUAUGAUAGGUGAGAUGUAAAAACUGGUGAUCUACUUUGAUAUUGAGGUUCACAAUGUCCCUUUGUUAGGAAAGAAGUUGAAAAAUCUUCCUUUUGGAUUUGACAAAUGAAGAUAGUUUCUAAUUUUUCAGUGUUAGUGAACUUUAACCUAUGACCACUCCUGUUGACCUAUAACCCUUGACUUACAUGUAUGACACCUGUCAUGAGGAAAUUGAUAAAUAUUGGAAUUAAUAAUCUCUUAUAGCCACAGCACUUAGGUCCAGAUUUUGGUAACCAAUCAGAUAGAAAUUAUGAGUAUGUCAAUAUCAUUUCAGAAAAGUUUAAAAAUUAUUAAAGUUAGCACAUGGUUGAUUUUAGAUCAAUUUGGGCGAAACCAUUGAAAAUUCAAAGGUUAAUUUGAAAGUGCUAUGAUCAUUAUAAAAGCCUCACAGUUGUGGGUAUUCUAAGAACAGGUACAAACAAGAUUUAAUGAAAUUCUUCAGAAUCUGUCCCAAAGUGUGCACUUUUGUUGAAUAUUAAACCGAGGUGCACCAAACCAUUAAAAUAUCGUAAUCAUAGUGUUUUCCAUGGAUCUAGGACCUGUUAUAUAAAAAUGGCAAGGAUGUCAAUUAAAUACAACAUUUUUCAAACUAUAUCCAAGGCCUACUAAGUGUGUACCUACACUUACAUGUACAGUAGUCUGAUUGUGUCUGCCAAAACGUCUCUACAAAUAGCUCUCAAAAUUGAUAGGAGAAAAAGUUAUUUCAAGGUAGAAAAGAAACACUGUAUUUUUAGGAAUCGAGAAAUACAGAAUCAGUAUAUUUUUAGCAUUUGAACAUGACCAUAUAAUUAUAGAAGAUAUUUUUUAGGAUUAACCAUGUAUAUGUGAAGAUAGCAGUUUACUGAAUGUGCCAGAAAGUAGUCAAACUUCUCAUUGUAAUUACAACGCUGUCUCCUGACCUAUCAACUUUUUUCAUCCAACUCAUUGUUUGGGAGCCCAUGAAUGUUGUUGGUUUUUGUUAUCAAAGCUGACAUUUUAUAAAUUUUCUGCAAUAUUUCAUGUCAAGAUGUUUUGACUUUUUGGCCAGAUGGAUUUUUUUCUCCUAGUACAAAUGUCCAUCCAUGGACAGAGGGACAGGUACAGGAUACAGCCUUGCUCUAAUACCAAAGAAAAAAUAGAAAGUUUUAAUAAUUGUUUACAAAUGUGGACAUACUCUGAUAGCAUUCAAAGCUUGUUCAUGUAGUAGGAAAUAAGAAUCUUCUUUGACAAGUAAGCACCAACAAGACAAAGUUUAAAAUUCAAGAUGACCUCAAAGGUGCACAGCCAUUGGUUACUAGCAUUAUCAACCCUUUGGACCCCUUUCCACUAGACAACUUUCAACUAGAUCUCUGAGCAACUAUACAGCAACCAAAAUUUGAGAAAUUUAAUUUUUUUUCAUUAGAAUAUAAUGCAUGACAUAAAAGUAUUAUUCAAAAGACAAUAAAACUCACAAAACAUUAUGAAAAUUGUUCUUUAUCUAAGGAAGUCAUUGAGCGAUCUGUGAAGUCUUAAGUUGCUCAGCUGUCACAGUGCAGUCACGCCCUCUAGUGGAAAGGGGUGUAACUGCACUUCUUUGAAAUGUACAAUGUCAUGUAAAUCAUUAUCCAUGUAUAACAUUGAUAUCAAGACUAUCUAAUAGUCAACUUGAGUAAUUGUUUUAGGUAAAUUUAACUACCCUUGUGUACUGAACUAAUCAUAAUAUUAUUGUUUCUGUUUCAUUCUUAAUGCACUAAUUGUGUCAUGUAGUUUUGAUAGCAGUUAUUUGGACUUUUAGUAUCCUGAACAUGUAUGAAUAGACCUUAAUAUAUAUGAAUCACAUUUGUGUUUGUUGUGCUAGGUAUUAAACUCUGAAGUGAGAACUUGUGAUUUUCUGAUGUGAAAUUUAGUAGAGAAAUUCAUGACAUAAACGUUAGACUAUGUAUGUUUCAUAUUCAUAAUUUGUAUAUUGCUCAAUUGAUUAGAACACAGUCUAUGUUGCACAAAAUAAUAUUUUAUAUGUUGUGAAAGUUUGUUAUGCUUUUAAUGGUUUUGCAUUGUUUAAUUUUGUUUCAUCAUAGUCCAUGACAAAGUGACCUAGUGCUUCAGAACUACAGUAUUUCAAAUAAUUUGUGGUGCACGUAAUAUGUAAAACUUACUGUAAUUCAUUUUAUUUGUGCAGUGAAAAGCUAUUAAUCUAUGUUAUAUUGUAAACAUAAUUAUGCAUGCACCAAACAUGUUUUGUGUUUUUGAAAAUAUUAAGCGAUACUACAUUGUAAAUUUUAUGGACUGACAGUCUUAUUCUGGAAAACUAUAAGAAAUAAUAUUUCAAAAGAAUUAUAUGAGACUUAUGAUGUUACAUCAUGAUACAGAAUUCCAAUUACUAGAAUAACUUUUAUUUUAAUUUGACACACAAUUUGCCCAAA